AGUUCCUCGUCACCAUCUCCAGCAAACUCUGAAGCUUGCCUCCCCGCCCUCCUUCUCUCUUUGCCCAUCGGCAAUGGCGAAAUCCGGUUCCUCGUUGUCGCAAUUCCUGAAGCGCUACCUGAAGAAGCCAUGGGAGUUCACCGGCCCCCAGACCUCGCCGGAGUACCUGCCAUCAGUGCCCAAGGCGACGGAGUACCGGAUCCCCAGCCCCGCUACGUUCCCGCUCAAGGCCAUCGUGCCGACAUCCAACCCCGAGACCGUGUACGAUAUCAAGUACUUCACCCGCGACCAGCGCCGCAACCGCCCGCCGAUCAGCAGGACCGUGCUGAAGAAGGCCGACGUCGAGAAGAUGAUGAAGGAGAAGACCUGCUUCUCCGUCGAUGAGUUCCCUAGGGUUUACUUGACCGACAAGGUCGAGGAGGACGACAAUGCCAUUGGCGGCGGCUACCAGAAAUAGGUUUGGCGAGCCGUGCCAACGUAGCUUGAUCCAAGAAUCCUCCUCCAGUCCUGUUUUAUGUUGCUUCCCAAUUUAAGAUCCGCAAUUCUUCCGGGCAAUUGAGUUCUGUUCACUGUCAAUAAUGGUAGCUGAUGGCACUUCUGAUGUACUGCUGCUUCUUUUACUUCCUUCUGUAUCUUGUUUGUACAAAUUCCAAAUGCAUUUUGCAGUUUGGUGACUGAAACCUCCGGAGUUCUUCAGACCCCUUAACAAGUUUUUUCUCCCCUAAACCUAUUUAUGGAAACAAAAAGGGCAUUUCACUUUUAACA